AUGGAAAAAUUUUUAGUUGAUAUUAAAGUAGAAGGGAAUACCACGAUUGUUCAAGUUGUUAAAGUUCCGGAAGACGAAAGCAAGAAAGUUCUGGAACAUAAUGAUGAACAAUGUUCAUUCUGUACCUGCACUUUACCAACUAAAGUUAAAUAUUCUGACGUUCUUAUACUAGAACAGUUUAUGCGUGAAGAUGGCACAGUUUUGCCGAAACAAGUUACAGGUCUUUGUUCAAAACAGCAGCGAAGAAUCGAGCGUUGCGUUAUGCAGGCACAUUGGGCCGGACUUUUUCCAGACAGAACAGUUGCUGAUUUCGAUCGUGCCGGUUAUAAACGAUUUAACAGAUAUUGGGAUGAUGAUAUGGAUAUGUAUAAGGUGGAACAAAAAAUAGAAGUUGGUAGCUGGAGAUAUAUUAAACGUUAUAAGUCACGUUGUGACGUGAAGAAUGAGAAUAAGGUUUUGUCAAAGAAAUGA